AUGGCAGCAAAUAGAAAAAGAACAUACCAAGACGAAUUCCUUAAUUACGGUUUUCCACGAAAAAAAAACAAUGGUACAAUAAAACCACAGUGUGUUGUAUGUAUGAAGGUACGGACUUCAGAAUCUUUCAAAAAAAGUCAAUUGAAUAAACAUUUAGAUAAUUUGCAUUCACAAUUGUCUUCCAAACCGCGAGAGUUCUUUGCAAAUUUAGAAAUAUCUGUUAAAAGACAAAGAUUGAAUAGCAACUUGUUUGGUACAUUUGAUCAGCGUUCAGCAUUAAGGGCUAGAUUUGAAGUAGCCUGGUUGAUUGCUCGAAAUAAGAAACCAUACACUAUUGGUGAAGAUUUGGUUAAACCAGCUGCUGUAAAAAUGGCAGAUUAUUUACUAGAUCUUGAUACACGUACUGUCAGUUGGAUUGUAGAUCCUUUUAAAUGUGAAAUUGCUAAGAUACCACAAGAACCUUCAGGUUUGGCAAAAGCAAUUCUUGAACUUCGAUCUAAUACUGAGGCAAAUAUUCAAUUUGAGAGUUAA